AUGCAAUUCAAUAGUAGUAGUAAUAAUAAACCACCUGUCAAGGGAUGGAUAAAUACUAAAGCAUCAACUACAUCUUCUAUUAAACCUAAACCAUCUCUUGAUGGUAUUGAAUCGUUGUCAGCAUUCCUACAGAAACAAUCAAAUAAAGCAACUAUACCAAAGAUAUAUAAAAAGAAAUGGGUAUGGUUUAGUCCCAAUGAUGGAUGUCUCUAUUAUUAUCAAUCUGGUGCUACCUCUACUACACCUAAUAGUAGUAAUAAUACUACGACUGCGGGAUACCAAAUUAAAACGAUACCAAUUGAUAAUGCAACUAUUGAACAAUCACCAUCUAUUAGAUUAGAGUUUAUAGUAUCUACGAUACCAACACAACCCUCUCGUAAACGCCAAUUGAUAUUUAGAGCAGCUGAUGAAGCAACCGUAUUGAAUUGGGUCAAUGUUUUGACAACUUGGAAAUCCAAUAAUAAUAAUAAUCUAAAUACAUCUUUAUCAUCUUCAACUUCAACUUCAUCAUCAACAUCAUCACCAUCCUCUCCAACUAGUAUAUUACCACCAUCAUCAUCUGUUGCUCUACAAUCUAGUAUUAGUAGUGGACAUAACCCAUACCAACAACAAUCGCAACAACAGUCACCAGCACCAUCACCUAUUAGAUCACACAAUAGAGCACGUAGUUAUGGUGGUGAUAAUAUCGUAGAUCAAAGUGGAAACAAUACAUCAUGGGUCAAUUCGCCACCAUCUCCUCCCAACGAGUUGAAUGAGAGUUUUGAUGAUAAUCUUAGUCCUGUCAAGAAACAAUCAGCUGACAACUUUUUAAAGAAUCUAGUCUCACUUGAACCAACAACUCAACAACAGUCACGUUCAUCCUAUUCGUCGGUUAAAAUCAGACAAUUACUAUUGCGUCAUCAACCUACACUUGACAAUGACCAAACCAACUAUGUCUUGACUCAAAUCCAUCAACAAAUAUCGUAUCUUCAAGAAUGUUACAAUGAAAUAUUAUUUGUUUCAAAUAGUCAAGGUGGAGUUGGAGGACAAGCUAGAGAAACUAUCUUAUUUCAUAAUGGUGGUAUGCAUCCAUUGAGUAUGUCAACUUAUUCUUCUUCUCCCUCCUCCUCGCAUCCAAUUUCUCCAUCCAAUUCUUCAUCCUAUCUCUAUUCUUCGUCGACUACAUUAUCAUCAAGUACUAAUAGUAGUGGUGGAGGAGUAGAUGAAAUAGAUCUAACUUAUUCAUCAUUAUCAGCAAGUGGAGGAAGUAUUCAUAUUAGUCAUCAUCAAGAAGACAUCUUUUCAUUGUUACCAAACCAUCUCUCGAUAUACAUUUUCUCGUAUCUUUCACCAGAGGAACUUCUUAAAUGUUCACAAGUGACGAGACAAUGGAAAUUAAUGUCUAGUGACAAUUCUCUUUGGAUUCGAUUCACUCAACACUUGGCAACACCAGCCAGUAUAUUUGAUCCAACUCAAAACUGGAAACGAACCUAUCUCAACCACCGAAAACAAUCAUUGCUCGGUAAAAAGGAAAAGAUCCUCAAUCGUGCCAUCAGUCUCUAUGGUAUCACCCCAACCUCUACCAAUAACAAUCAUACAGUUAAAGAAGGUUACCUUUAUAAACGUGGUGAAGAUAUCUUAAAAAUUUGGAAAAAAAGAUAUUUUGUAUUAAAAGAAAAUUGUCUAUUUUAUUUUCAACAUUCAAAUGAUAAUUUCCCAAAUGGUAUGAUACCAUUAAAUAGAUCAAUUAAAUUGGUUAGAGUACCAAACUCUACUAGAAAACAUUGUUUUAAAAUCAUUCAUGAUGGAUCUAGUAAACAUGGUAGUGGAUCAGUUGAAAGACGUGAACCAUACUUUUUAUCAAGUGAAAAUGAUGAUGAAUGUAAUGAAUGGAUGAAAUCAAUUCAAAAUGUACUAAGUAAAGUUCCUGCUCCUCCAACAAAUAAUAAUAAUCAUGAAAAUCAUUCUUCUUCUUCUUCUUCAUCAUCAAAACAUCAUCAUACACUUAAAAAAGGUAAAAAGUCUACAUCUUUUACUAGUCCACCAAAUGGUUUAAAUACUCAACAACCGCAACAAUCAUUAUCUGGAUCAACAGGUAACCCAAUUCAAACACCAGUUGAAAUAAUUAAACCACUUUUUGGAAUUCCAUUGGCAGCCAUGAUGGUUGAACAAGCCAAGGGAAGUGUAUUUAUGGGUUCAGAGUUACCAAUGCCAUGGAUUCUUCAUAAAUGUUUUAAUCAUAUCCUAGAGAAUGGAGUCUAUGAAGAAGGUAUCUUUAGAAUCUCUGGUAGUAUGGUAGAGAUUGAAAGAUUAAAAUCUCUCUUUGAACAAGGUAGAGAUGUCGAUCUUUCUCAAGCCGACAUUCAUGCAGUCACUGGUAUUGUCAAAUACUUUUUUAGAAAACUUCCACAUCAUCUAAUUCCUCCUGAAUUGAGUGAAUAUGCUACUUCGAUUUCUCUUGCACAAACUCAAACAUUGGAAGAAAAACUUCGAGAAUAUAAAUUUAUUUUUGAAAGUUUAGAUUCUGUAACUUAUUCUCUUAUGAAAUGUUUUCUACUAUUAUUAAAACAUAUUGUAGAGAAUCAAUCAUACAACAAAAUGACAGAGGAAAAUAUGUUGACAUGUAUCAUGCCAACCAUCAAUUGCUCACCCGUUCUUGUUACCAAUGCAAUUAGACAUUAUCAAGAAUUGUUUCCAUAA